AUGACGACCACGCAAUUGUCCUCUUCGGAGACCAACAGCUAUGACUAUCUCAUAGUUGGAGGCGGCACAGCUGGCUGUGUCAUCGCAUCCCGCCUCGCAGAAUACCUCCCUCACAAGAAGAUCCUCCUGAUCGAGGCCGGCCCCAGCGACUUUAUGGAUGAUCGCGUUUUGGACCUCAGGCAAUGGCUCAAUUUGCUGGGAGGAGAGUUGGAUUAUGAUUAUGGCACCACUGAACAACCAAACGGAAACUCCCACAUCCGCCAUUCACGAGCCAAGGUAUUGGGAGGAUGCUCGAGCCACAACACACUGAUAUCGUUCCGCCCAUUCGAGUAUGACUGCAAGAUCUGGGAAUCACUAGGAGCCAAAGGCUGGACCUUCCCAACCUUCACACGGGUGUUGAACAAGCUCCGUAACACGGUGCAACCGGUCCACGCCCGCCACCGCAACCAGUUGUGCAAGGACUGGGUCAAUUCAUGCAGCACGGCCAUGGACAUCCCUGUGGUCCACGACUUCAACAAGCAGAUCACUACCACGGGAAGCCUGAAGCCUUGCGUGGGAUUCUUCUCGGUCAGCUACAAUCCAGACGAUGGACGACGCUCAAGCGCCUCGGUCGCAUACAUCCACCCAAUCCUCCGCGAGGAAGAAAAGCGCGACAACCUCAAAGUCUUGACCAACGCCUGGGUCUCCAAGAUCAACAUCGACAAGAACGACUCGGUCAGCGGCAUCGAUGUGACCCUCCAAUCCGGCGAGAAACUCACACUGACAGCCAAAACCGAAACCAUUCUCUGCGCCGGCGCCGUCGACACGCCCCGCCUGAUGCUUCUCUCCGGCCUGGGCCCGAAGGAGCAACUGACCUCGCUCUCCAUCCCCGUAGUGAAGAACAUCCCCGGCGUGGGCGAGAACCUCCUCGACCACCCGGAAACCAUCAUCAUCUGGGAACUCAACAAACCCGUCCCACCGAACCAGACAACCAUGGAUUCCGAUGCAGGCAUCUUCCUCCGGCGCCAGGCACCGGACGCCGCCGCCUCCAACCCAUCCCCGAUCUUCAACCCGCAGAGCCUUCCAGACGGCGACAUUGCCGACGUGAUGAUGCACUGCUACCAGAUCCCAUUCUGCCUGAACACGACACGCCUCGGCUACGACACGCCGAUCGACGCCUUCUGCAUGACGCCCAACAUCCCACGCCCACGGUCCCGGGGCCGGCUGUACCUGACCUCGGCAGACCCGAGCGUCAAACCAGCCCUCGACUUCCGCUACUUCACAGACCCAGAAGGCUACGACGCGGCGACGUUCGUGUUCGGGCUGCGCGCGGCACGCAAGAUCGCCAACGAAGCGCCCUUCAAAGACUGGAUCAAGCGCGAAGUCGCGCCGGGCAACAAGCUGCAGUCGGACGAGGAGCUGUCCGAGUACGCCCGCCGCGUCGCGCACACCGUGUACCACCCGGCCGGCACGACCAAGAUGGGCGACGUGCGCACCGACGAGUUCGCCGUCGUCGACGAGAAGCUCAAGGUCCGCGGCAUCAGGGGCUUGCGCAUCGCCGACGCCGGUGUCUUCCCCGCCAUGCCCACCAUCAAUCCCAUGCUGACCGUCUUGGGCGUCGGCGAGCGCGCCGCAGAGUUGAUUGCCGCCGACGCCGGCUGGAAGGGCGAGGGUGCCGUGCAGGCUCGGUUGUAG